GCUCUCACACCACCAUCACCAUUAGUAUAGUCCCUUUUUGCUAGUGCUCAACGUUGGUUGAGCCAACUCCUUCCGAUUUCUUCUUCCUCAAGACAAAUCACAAAUCCUCUUCUCAUUUCGAAAACUCUGGUUUCUCUCAACCCUAAAGAUACUGAGAUCAUCAGCGAGUUUCAGAUGCUCUUGCAAUGGGAAAGCACUCAAAUGAGAACGAUCACGAUCAAGUACAGCAGCAGAAUCUCGACCCUGAGAACCCUCAAUCUUCUGGAUCCCCUUGUCGGAGAUGUUUCUCUUCUCUGUCAGGCCUGUUUGGUCUGGGAUGUGUCAUCGUUUUGGUUCUUAGCUUUGCGACUCUUCUCUCUGCCAUCUUCUGGUUAUUCCCGCGUCGAUCGCUGUCUCAGUGCCACGCCCCUGGGAUAGUUAAACUCAAUGCAUCAGUACAAGCAUACUUUAAACUUCAUAAACCAGCUUCUCACGUUAUUUCCCAUAAAGGAAGACUAGAGACUGAUAUCUUUCGGAGUUUAGAUCUUAGGAACACCAAGGUGGCUAUUCUGUCUCUGCAUCAAUCAGGUAGGGCAUCUAAGUACACAGACGUGAAGUUUGCGGUUCUGCCUGUCCCUACUGACUCUAAAAUAAGAGAAGGCUCGUUAGUUUCACUGCGAUCGUCUUUUGUGCAGCUGUUUGCUCAGAGAUCGAAUCUGAAUCUGACCACAUCAAGUUUUGGUCAGCCAACUUCUUUUCAGGUUUUGAAGUUUCCUGGGGGAAUAACUUUAGAUCCUCUGGGAUCUAAACCCGUUUCUGGAGUAGCAGCGCUUACGCUUAGCUUUACUCUCGAAAUUUCGUUAUCCGAGAUUCAAGAUAAACUGGACAAGCUAAAGAACCAACUUGGGCUUGUGUUGUGUUUGGAGACAUAUGAGAAGAUUCAUGUCCUACUCUCGAAUGAAGAAGGAUCUACAAUAUCUCCCCCGGUCACUGUUGAGGCUUCUGUUUUCUCAUCCAUGACAAUUAUGGAAAACCAUCCUAAGAAGAGAUCGGAGAGUCUUGCUCAAGUCAUUCAAACAUCUCGUGCUUCAAAUCUUGGUCUAGACAACUCAGUUUUUGGUAAAGUCAAGAGCAUUACUUACUCAACGUACGUGGAGGGGAAAACUCUAGAGUCUGCUUCGGUAUUGGCUCCAGCGCCAUCUCCUUGCUUCCCUUCUCUCUGUUAAGCCAAACUGGGCAAAGCAGCUUCUCUUUUCCUCUUUCAUGGACUUGAUUUCUCUUGUGGCAAGGACGCAAACUUGUGUGUAUGUUUCUUGUCUUACUCGUUAAGUAGCGGCAACAAAAUGUAUAUCUCAUUUCUAAGCCUUUCCUGACAGAAUCUACUUAAUUAGCUGUAGAAUCAACGGUACCAUGGAGGUUGUAUGAAACAGAGUUUUUUAUUCGAAUAAGAUGCAGCUUGAGUUUACUUAUUUGAUUUAGUUGGUUGAAACAAUCUAUUAAUACAAACAGAGGAAUCCUGAUUCUGCUUAUUGAGUUUAUAAUUUAGCCUCCCUAUGGUUUGUUACAUAUAUGGUAUGUCGCCAUUUUCUUUGAAUCGAUUUAGCUCUUCUUCCAGCUUCUUGAUAACUUCAUCUCUCGCUGCAAGAGUCUCUAGUAAUGAUCUGUUCUCUUUACUAAGAGCUUGAAACUGGCUGAUGAUUCCAUCUAUCUGCACUUGAAUGGCUUCAUCGCUAAGCUCAAAGGCAGUCUCCACAACCCUCAAAACCCGCCACAAGCUCACCACCACGAUGAACCCGGCCCCUUUCCUGUCAAGAAGCACCUGGAGAACCAGAGCUAUAAUCGCAACCGCACCAUCCAUCACACAACCGGGUUGUCUGAAAAAGGACUUCCCCAUAGCAACAGCUAGAGCCAUGGAUUUAACGGCGAGAAUGCUCAGAAUCGCGGUUCCUCCCCAACGGAACCAUUCAUCCUUGUUUUCGGUUUUGUUGGCUGAUGUGCAGGAGAGAAGAGACGAAGAUAGUUCGAGGGACAUUAAGAUAAUGUCGAGAGAGAGCAAGAAGAUGGUGAAAAGGUGAACUUGGUAUGACUCUAGAAACUCUGACAGAGCGAUUCUCCAUUGCGGUUCGAUGGAGAUGAGUACUUGUUGUUGCUGUUGUUGUAUUGAGGAGAAGAUGAAGAGUUGUAGCCAUUUUCGUCGUCUGCACCAACUCUUAAUUAGGGUUUGGAUCGAGAAUUCGACAUUUUCAACUGUUCCGGUUGUGUUGAUGGAAUUCAUGGAAAGAUGACAAGCUUUACAAGUUGU